AUGACGUCGGAUCUCCACAACCUGUCUCUGCAUCAGCCAUAUCAAGAUCCUGCUGAUGUGAUUAUUGCUGAUGGUUCCACUAUGCCUAUCACACAUACGGGUUCAAUAUCUCUUCCUACACAAUCUCGUGCUCUCCACUUAAAUAAUGUUUUAUAUGUACCAGAUAUUCAUAAAAAGCUUAUAUCGGUAUAUCGAUUGUGUAACGCUAACCGUGUUUCGGUGGAAUUCUUUCCUGCAUCCUUUCAGGUGAAGGAUCUGAGCACGGGAACCCCAUUACUCCACGGCAGAACUAGGGAUGAGUUGUAUGAAUGGCCUAUCAAUCCAUCUCAAGUUUCCGCCAUGUUUGCUACACCAAGCUCCAAAGCCACCGUUUCUUCUUGGCAUUCUCGUUUAGGCCAUCCAGCCUCUUCCAUUUUAAACACCGUCAUUUCUCAAUUUUCUCUUCCUGUUUCAAAACAAUUUCAUAAGCUUUUGCCUUGUUCUGAUUGUUUCAUCAAUAAAAGUCAUAAAAUUCCUUUCGCUACAUCUACCAUAACCUCUUCUAGAACUCUUGAAUAUCUAUUCUCCGAUGUUUGGAGUUCUCCAAUUCUAUCCCUUGACAAUUUCAAAUACUAUGUUAUUUUCGUAGAUCACUAUACACGCUAUACUUGGCUGUAUCCUCUUAAACAGAAAUCACAUGUCAAGGAAACGUUCAUGGCUUUCAAGAGCUUUGUGGAAAACCGAUUUCAGACAAAGAUUGGAACUCUAUAUUCUGAUAAUGGAGGGGAAUAUGUGGCGCUUAGAGCAUACCUUGCAACACAUGGGAUCUCCCACCUCACGUCUCCACCACAUACUCCAGAACAUAACAGAAUUUCGGAAAGGAAACAUCGCCAUAUUGUGGAAACCGGCAUGACUUUGUUGUCGACGGCAUCGGUGCCUAAGACGUAUUGGCCAUAUGCUUUUGCAGUUGCGGUGUACCUGAUUAAUCGACUGCCGACGCCAAUUCUUCAUCUCCAAUCUCCUUAUCAGAAGCUCUUUGGUGUUGCUCCGAAUUAUGACAAACUUCGGGUCUUUGGCUGCUCAUGUUACCCGUGGAUGAGACCAUAUAAUCACCAUAAGCUUGAUGAUCGGUCUCUUCGAUGUGUCUUUCUCGGGUACUCUAAUACACAGAGUGCGUACUACUGCUUACACAUCUUGACGGGUCGGAUUUAUACUUCACGGCAUGUACAAUUUGAUGAGAGCACCUUUCUGUUUGCACUUCCGACAUUGACGGAGAUCUCUACUUCCGAUGAUAUACCUCCGUCUACAAUUGGUGGGCACAGUCCUACAACUCUUCCUAAUUCUCCAUCUACGCCGCCGGCAAACCCGUGCUCCGACCUUCACGCUGCUCAUUCUCCGCCAUCAUCGUCCGUCGGCACAACCCAGGUAUCGCCUCUGAACUCAAACUCUUCUUCUUCUCCGUCUACAUCUGAGCGCACUGCUCCCCAAGAAAAUGGGCCGCAACCCACGGCCCAACAUCCUCAUCCUCCUAACACACAAAAUUCGCCAUCAGCCCACUCUCACUUAAAUAACCCAAUUUCACCCAUGGCCCAAAUUGAAUCUUCUCAAACCUUUUCGUCAUCUCAAUCUCAAACUCAAUCUGAUGCCUCUUCAUCGUCUUCUCCGACCAUAUCACCACCACCAAAAUGA